AUGCUCGACUCCUUUGAAAUAAUAACCUCCUCCGGGGUGGUCCUUUGGUCACGAUCAUAUGCUCCAGUGGGGGCCCAUGUUAUCAACAGCUUGAUCAACGAUGUGUUUAUUGAGGAGAAGUUCCAGCAAGAGGCCGGCUCGGGCACUGUUGCGCCAAGAUACAGGAAGGAAAAAUAUACGUUGAAGUGGAAACGGGCAAAGGAUCUGGGUUUGAUCUUCGUGGCUGUUUAUCAGUCUCUUCUUCAUUUAACCUGGAUUGACGAAUUGCUCGAGAAUAUCAAAACUAUCUUUGUGGAAAUAUACAACGAGCAGCUUAAGAAACCAAAUUCUAGAAUAAUCGAGUACCGAUUUGACAAGUACUUUGAUCAGCAAGUAAAAGAGUUGGAAUCUGCUGCUGGAAAAGCAGUUGAGGGCUCGCCUUCUUUGUUGAUUGAGGAGAAGAAGGAUACCCUUGUUGAGGCGGAUAACGGAGGCCCUCCCCCACCUCCAAUCCCUGGUCUUCUCCCUGCGCAGCGCCAUGCUGCGCGGGCCGUGGCGAACUCGAAUGAGAGUUCACCUUCCCAAACUCCAGAGACAUCGAGGCCGGCCACACCGAACCAUAUCAUUACUGCGAAAGCUGGUCCAGGUGGUCGGACUUCACGACGCGCACGAAAAGCUGCAAAUUCAAGUGCAAAUGUUUCGUCAGGCGAAGAUACAAUUAAGAAAGCAAAGAAUGCGAAGUCGGCAGUGAAGAAAAUGCGCAAAUGGGACUCGGAGGGCUUUGCGGACGAAGAUAAUGGCGAAAUCCUGGAUUAUUCCGCUUCCAAUGUAAAUGGUUCAGAAUCAGAGGAAGUAGCUGGCCCUCCAGUAGAGGCAGUUGAUCAGGAUUCGUGGGGGACGAAGACUAAAAAGGGCCAAUUUGUGUUGAAGGAUCUAGGUGAUGAAGUCCACUCCAUUCUUCAAGAUGCAGAUGCCGCUAAGGACAGGGCUAGUAUGUCCAACGGUGUUGUGGGCUCUAGUUUGGGUGCUAUUAGUGGCCUUUUCCGAAAUAUUGUUGGUGGAAAAGUCUUGACCAAGGCAGACUUAGACAAACCCCUCAAGGCCAUGGAGGAACACUUAUUGAAAAAAAAUGUUGCCCGUGAAGCGGCUGUUCGCUUAUGUGAUGGUGUUGAACAGGAGCUUAUUGGGAAAAAGACCGGAAGCUUUCAGAGUAUUGACGCCGCUCUUCGAGCCGCAAUGGAAUCGUCGCUCCGGAAAAUCCUCACGCCCACCUCCUCAUUGGAUCUUCUCCGGGAGAUCGAAGCUGUCACAUCACCAUCGAAUUCGCAAAAACAGCGCCGCCCAUAUGUCAUUUCUAUUGUUGGAGUAAACGGUGUUGGAAAAUCCACCAAUCUAAGCAAAAUCUGCUUUUUCUUACUCCAGAAUAACUACCGUGUCCUUAUCGCGGCUUGCGACACCUUCCGCUCCGGAGCAGUCGAACAGCUUCGCGUGCAUGCGCGCAACCUUAAAGAAUUAAGCGCUCGGGAGAACGUUGGACAAGUGGAGUUAUAUGAAAAGGGCUACGGUAAGGAUGCAGCCAAUGUAGCCAAAGACGCGGUGGCCUACGCUGCCGUGAAUAACUUUGACGUUGUCCUUAUCGACACAGCUGGCCGCCGACACAACGAUCAGCGCCUCAUGUCUUCCUUGGAAAAAUUUGCGAAGUUUGCGCAACCGGAUAAAAUAUUCAUGGUGGGCGAGGCUCUUGUUGGUACUGACAGUGUCAUGCAAGCUCGAAACUUCAACCAAGCUUUUGGUACCGGGAGAAAACUUGAUGGAUUUAUCAUGAGCAAAUGUGACACGGUGGGGGACAUGGUUGGUGCGCUUGUCACGGGAAGUUUAGCGUUUAGCCAGGGCGUCAGCUGGGAUCCCUUGUUGGUAAACAUCAACGUUUUAAAGAUUACGGCUGCCUCGAAUACAGCCAUGGAGGAUAUAGAUAUUCCCAGUUGGGACAGUAGAUCCCAUCAAAUGGGGUCCACUCCAGUCGAUGGGAGAUAUGUUUUGUGUUGCCCAGACUGGGUGUACUCCAACGUUUCUAAUGUCCAUGUCGCCAAGGACCGAGCAUGGUUCUCCGAGUAUAUUCCUUUCGAGUCGGAGCUUCUCGAUGCGUACGGCAUAUCGAAUAAGGGCAUGCCUGUCCUUGGGAUUGGUACUGUCGAACUCUCCACGAAACGCUCGCCGAACCAAACCGGCCAGGAUUCUCGAGCCGUCUUGCACCUUAAAAACGUCCUACGUUGUCCCUCCAUCGUCUGCAAUAUUCUAGGGUUUCCGCUGGAUUUUGAUUAUAAUGUCUCUUUUGGUGGUAGGGAGGCGCAUGGGCGUUCAAAAGGCUCGAUCAAGAAAUCGGAUGGAUAUCGUGUCGCAUACUUCGAUGCGAAGUUUCAAUUUCUGCAAGUCAGGCCAUGUGGCCCUCCAUAUGGCCCACCGCUAGGCGCCACCGGCUUCAGGGAAGAUGUGAUGUACUUGCUCAGCGUCCGCUGGCCCGAAUCUGAGAAGAAAAAAUGGCAAAGUUACCAAGCCGAAACUGUUGCGGCUCGUGGGAGUCGAUGUCCACAAUAUACACCGGAGGAAAAAGCUUGGUUGAAAAAACACUACGGAGGGGAAUUUCAUUUUCUCCGUUCGUUUUGCUUGACAAUUUAUAACGAUGAGGAUCGUGAAGAAGGUUGGUACAUUGUGCGGGCAAUGAUGGAGGCCAGAAGCGAAGAGGACGAAGGCGAAGGGGCCAUCUAA